GACUGAAGAGCUGAGCUCAAUGUUAUGAUUUUAAACAAUUUGAUAUAUUAAAUAAAGUCUGCUAUUUUAGUGUUUAUUAACUAUUUUCACACGAACAUCAAUUAUAAGCUUUAUACAAUUUGAUGUGCUAUUAUAGAGUCUAAAAUGAAUUUAAAUAAUUUUUUGCUUCAGUAAGUUCUAUGACGCUGUUAAUUAUUUAUAUCAUUUAACAUGGAAAAUAAUUAUGUAAAAACUAGAAAUAAAUCCAAAAUAGUAGUAACAGAUGAUCUCGAAAAUACUUCAAAAUUUAAAAAACGUAAAUUGGUCGAUAUUAGUGAACCUCGUAUAAAAGUUAAUUGCAAUGGUAAAACAAUUAUGUUAACUAUGUGCAAUUUAGAUUCUAUUGUGAGUCAAGAAGUAUCAAAGUAUAUUAUAAACACUAAACAUUUAGAAACUAUUAUAGAACGAGCAAAAUUAUUGGAUAUUAAAAGAUGGCGUGACAAAAUUAAAAAUACAGAAAAUCAAUUAUUAGAAUUAAGAUAUAUAGUUAAUAAAUUAAAUGAAGAUUUAAAAAUUGACGAAUCAGUUCGAGCUAUUAAAAUAACAAAAACAUUAAAACUUGGUGUUAAAGUUAUUUCCAGUAAAACUGAGUCUGUUUUAGCUAAUCAAAAGAAAACUAAUUCAACGCUAGCUGCUAAAAAUUUUAAAGAAGUUUUAACAAUAACGGAUGAAGAAUUAGAUAAUACAAAUUUUAUUAACAAAACUUCAUCUAAUCUUUAUCAAAUAUGUAAUUCUAGUAUUAAUGACAAUUUUGAUGUACCCAUAAUACAAAAGAAUUUUCAUAAAUCUAUAGUGUGUUCUCAGUUGGAAAACGGAAAUGUUUUUGUAAAACAAGACAUUGAUAGUGAUUCUGAUGAUUAUCUACCAGAAAUUAUUGAAGUACAAGGAGGAACAAAUGAAAAAAAUAAUAUAAAUCAGAAGUUAGUAAGUGGUCAACCUAAUAUGAUAUUUGAUAAUUUGACUAUAAAGGAAGAAAUAAUGGAAGAUAUUGAUGAUAAAAAUGCUUUUAACUCAGAAUCGCUCAUAAAAAAUAAAAGCCACAUAUCACUAACAAAAUGUAUGAUUGAUUUAAACAGUUUUAAACAAAGUGAUGGUGAUAUUAAUUCAAAACUACUAAAUGGUGCUAGUAAAAUUAAUUCAUCUAAUCAAGAUAUUGAAAAUUCUACAAAACAACCAGCUUACCCAAAUAAUAUUACACUUGUUGUUAUACCAUCCGCCUCCAACAGUCCCACAAAUACUCAAGAUAUAUCGAAUAGAAUGAGACCAAAUCUAAUGUUAAAUGAUCAUAGACUAACUAAGUUAAAAUAUCCACCUCCAUUUCCAAAAGUACUCCCAUAUAAUAGCCAACCCACAUGGAAAAAUGUUCCUCCUGCUCCUAAAUUAGAGUUGCACAAAAAUGAUAACAGUGUUCAAUUAGUUUGGGAUGUUAGAUUAAAUGAAAAUAUAGCCAAAAUUAAGUCAUAUGAAUUAUACGCUUGUCAGCAGACUACUGCCGUACCAGAUUCAUCUAUGUGGAAGAAAAUGGGAGAUUUGGAAGCAAAGCCUUUACCAAUGGCAUGUGAUUUGGCAGCUUUUGCAAAAGGGUACAAGUAUUAUUUUGCUUUAAGAGCUGUCGACAUUCAUAAUAGACAUGCUCCAUUUGCUUUACAAGACAUAUUUAUAUAAAAAACAUCUAUCAUUAGCAUAAUUAUAAUAUUUCUAUUUUAUUUUAAUAAAACUGUUUUAAGGUA